AUGAAAGAGAAGUUACGGGAAAUUGAGUUAACACGCGCAUCCAUUUCUUUGCUGCAGCUCAAUCUUAGUAAAAACAUUGCGUGCUCUCCUGCUCACACACACAAUAUCUUUAGUGAAAAAUUCCAUGAAAUGAGACAAAAAGCCACGGAGUUCAAAGAGCACAUGGGAGGAAAAAAUAUUACAGUAUUAGUUGGUAGAAGUGGGGCGGGUAAAACUCAUAUUGUGAAUAAAAUCCUGAACAUGUCUAAACCAAGUGACGAAGAAUAUCAAAUAUUGAAUGAGUACGGGAACGGAAAACAUGAAUCAUUGGAAGUAUAUUCUAUUCCUGAUCCAGAGAAUUUCUUCUCAGAAUUCACAACCAAUAUUUUUUUAAGGUAUUCUAAACUCGAAAUGAAACAUGCAAUACUUAGGAAAUAUUUCAUGGCAAGCUCAGAAAUAACGUCACAAUUAGAUGGUAGCUUCUUUCUUUUGCCCGAGACUGAACUAUCAACUGCUGCUAAAGUUCCUUCCCGAAUAGUGUAUGGAUCGGAGUUAAGAGUUACUCUAGUCUUUGAUCAGGCUCAAACAAUUCAAAGUCUUUUAGACCUUUUGAAAGAUUCGAUAAAAAACAGUCGAAUGGAGGUAGAAAAUGGCACGUAUUUCCCAACAAGUUUUUGCUCGGACAGGAAGACGCAUUCUCCUGACAAGAGCAGUAUGACUGGUGUGCUUUUGCGCAAAGCUUUAUCAAUACUUGGUUUGAAUGCCAAUACAAAUAUCAAGGAAAUAGAUUUCGAAAAUGUUUGUGUCCCAAAGGACUUAAUAAAUUUUCUUGGAACAUGUAUAUCAUUUAUACCCAGGAAUUAUUCCACGUUUGAAGAACAAGUCAAGCAGAUCAAGAGUUUUAUAUUUCAUAACACCUGCUGUGACAAUAAAUUCAGUCAUAUUAUUCGAUACAUUGUGAUUCAGUACCCAAGCAAUUUGUUUAUAAAUGGUCUUGAGCUAAUUGAUACACCUAGCUUUACUUCGAAAAGCACUUUUGAGUCGAAGAAGAUGCACAAUGACGCGACUGGUUCUGCUUCAACUGUAAUACAUGUAUGUGAUGAAAGGAAAAUCGAUGAUGGAUUUCGUACCCUUCUUUUACAAUAUCUUAUGGCUGAAAAUUUCCAUCACGAAAAGAAAAGAUUUUUCAUCGUAAAUAAUUUGAGGGAGCCAAAAUCUUCUAAAUUUGAGGAAAAUCUGAUUCUCCUGAGACUCAGAGAGCUUACUUCGCUGGAUUAUUUUACUGCAAAUAAUGCCAAAUUAUAUGACGAAUUUUGCAAGAAUUGUAGUGUGCUUGUAUAUUCAAAAAGUCAGAAUAUCCAUGAAUCGAGUCUAAGGGAACUAAUAGAUAUUCUAUGCACCGAUUCUUCUUAUCCAUUCCAUGAUAAUGCUCAAGAUUAUCAUAGAGUACGCACAUUACUUAUCAAAACAAUGACUGAUUGCAGAUUUCUGCUUCGAGGACUGUUUCAUUUUUCAUGUUGUCAUGAACAUUUCUUGGGAAAAUUGGUGUAUGAUAUGAUACUCUUCAGUAGAGUUAUAAAAUCCAAAAUGUAUCAUUGUGCAUUUGAUGAACUAUUCCUCUCAGAGAGAGUUUCUUAUGCCUAUGAAAAAUUGCCAGCUCUUAAUUCCAAUACUUUCUUAUGCCUUGAUGCGUGCAUUGAAUUUGGACUUGUGUUUGGUGCAAAACCUACAAAAAUUGCACAAAUCUUCUUUGAAAUCUCAAGAUCCAAGGAGAGAAUUGUCAAAUAUUAUUUCCUAGCAAUUUGCAUGGGAGGAUUGAAGGAAUACACACAAAAUUCGAUUCAGAAAACUUUUGAGAGUUUUUUGAAGAUUUUCCUUGAUGAAGUUUUACCUUUUGUACCUCAAGAAGUUUUGAGCGUUCAUGAGACAAAUGAUACUGCUCUAAGGAAAAGGUUGUUACAAAACUAUGUCAAUUGCUUGCGCAGAAAAAUAAUGAAAGAAAUCUCUUUUCUAUUCUUUGAAAUAUGGCAGGAACAGUUCGAAUGCUCGCUUCAUGAGUCCUUGAAACAAUUGAAAAAUGACGAUGGCGCGCACAGAUGCGAACCCUUGCAGCUACUCUACACGAAUGAUCAUUUGAACGAAAAGGUUCGAAGUGCUACGCUUAAAUAUUGUUGCAAUAAUCUACAACACAAUUUUCCAAAGAUAAUUGAGAAGUGUAUCUUGUUGUGCAGUGAAUUUACGAAGACAACGAUUCAAAAUCUCGAUCAAGAGCUCAGCCAGUUCGUACUAGACACUUUGAUAAUUAAUUUAGAAUAUUUACCAAUGGUGGAACUUUUCCUAAAAACGACACCAGUUCACUUUGGGGAUUUAGAAAAAAUAGCCGGUAGAACGUAUUCUGAAAUUUGUCACAAGUCAUGGACAAGAAAUGAAUAUGAAACAUUCUUCAUUGAGCUUCCUAAGCUGAUAGAUUCAAAUUUUGAAGAGAGUGUGAUUGAGCAAAUAUUCAAUUGUAUAUGGAGUGUUAGAUCAAUAGAAGUGGAUGACAAGAACUCGAUGAUGUCAUUAAAAAACAGGAUUAUACGUUCAUGCAAUCUCUUUGGUGCUGAUGCUAGAGUUUUCUCUUGGAUAUCAUCUGUGCUUAACUUCUGCAAAAUUCCACGAUGUUCCUCCCCAGUAAAGAACUCAAACACAUCCAAGAGUUCUGACUUCUCACUUGCGUUCAGCUCGCGCAGACGAGCUAUCUUAAAUGGCCUUUCUUUCAUUGCUUCAAAGAUAAAUGAUGAUGUUUUUUUUAAUGAAUGGGGAAGUGAUAUAUUAGUCACGUUGUAUUUUUUUAUGGAAAUAUCGUGUGAUGAUGACAUAGUAGGUAUCUGCGAAAGUAAUUUGAACAUUGGGGUCGAAAAAUGGCAAAUAUUGAGUUCUUGCUUGCAAUUUGGUGCAGGGCCUGAAGACAUCAAAUACCUCCUCGAAGGGAUUUUUGUAUUAUAUAAGCUAUCAAGGAAUCAUGCAAAGUUACGAAAACAGAUUUAUGCAAAAAUAAAUAGAUUGCAUUCGAGUACACUCCUUAGCAUAAAUAAACAAAACAAUAAAACAAACACCCUUCAUAAAACAAAAGACAAAGAGUUGAAUGACGAUAUGGUGUGGUCAUUUUUCUUUCGUGAAAACGGGGUUCACAUCGAAAAUGGAUCUGAAGUUGACUUAGAUAUUCGUUGUCACACUAAGAAUGCAAGCUUAAGCUUUUCCAAGUCAGAAAACAAUAUAUUUCGCGAGCAUAGCUAUUUUGUGACCCACAAAAUAUUCACUAAAAGUGAAUGGUGUCAGUAUAGUCUGAUUCCAGAAGAGUGGCUUAUUGAGAUAUCUUUCAUGAAAUUCAAUUUGCCAAAUUUCAUUAGGGUGAGAGAUGUUGAAAUUACUGGGGAAUUUGUACAGGCACUGAAAGGUGUUGGAAUUUCUGAGUUAGAUGAAGAUAUCCAACAGGCUACUAAAUUUUUGAUAAGCACGCAACAUUUUGAUGGAAAUAUCACGCAACCGUCUGUGCUGUGGGCGCUUUAUUAG